AAGACUUCGACGCGCCCCCCGCCCCCCGCCCCCUACCAUUGUAGGUUUAAAGUGUCAGAUGUAGGUAAAUACCUAUAUAAAAUUCGUGAUGAUAGUGUUAGACCAAGAAAUUUCCUUGGCGCAGAUGAUGAGGACGGAAUAGAAGCCAUACUCUCAGAUCGUGAAGGCCAUUCCUUACACGAAUAUAUUGAUGGCGACGAGCCACUCCGUCCUAUUAUAGAUUUCGAUUUACCACGAGAAGUAUAUGAUAGCAUCAACCCUAAACUAACAGGCAAAGAGAUACUAGAUUCACUUAAUCGUGCUUUUAUGAAAGCGUCUCAUGAGAUAUUCCCAGAAUGGGACCAUAAAACUAUAACUAUUGCUAGUAGUAGUGAUGCGAAAAAAAUAUCAUACCAUAUCUCAACUUUCGGUAUGAGACUCCAAAAUAUCGCUCAGGUCGCAGCAUUCACUGAGCUUGUCCAUGAGAAACUUCCGGUAAGUUUACAGGAGAAAAGUAUUAUUGAUAAUAUUGCAAAUAAAAGUUCUUUCUCCUUGCGAAUGCUUGGAUCGUCCAAGUAUGUUGAAGAAACUAAAGAGCAUAUACGGGUAAAGAAAGCCAUACAUCCAAAAAAUGGAUCUAUCUUUGAUUUCAUGCUUCGUCCACCCAAUGAUGAAUCAAAAAUCAUAAAAAGCCCUAUAUUAGAUAAACCAAAAACAGAAGUCAAAAGGUGUAAUGAUGCUAAUGGCGAAAUCACUCAGGCAGAUUAUGAUUUUGUGGAAUUGUUACUCAGAGAUAAUUGUGUCGAAGGGUAUACUCUCUCAUUUCCUUCAGAAAACACCCCUAAUUUGUUUUCUCUAACUCGCAACUCCCCAUCACACUGUCCAAUAUGUGAUCGAGAGCAUACAAAUGAAAAUGCAUAUAUUAUACGAUAUAAAAAAUCAUACAGAUUUUAUUGUUAUCGUGCCGAUCAGGAUCGAAAACCUGAAAUAAGAAAUCCCUCACUAAAGCUCACCAUUAGCGAAACUGCUUUGGACCAAGAACAAAAGCUUCCAAGCCCUACAAAACUAGACCGAUCCAGAAUUUCAGAUCCUAAUGAUCACUUCGUAUGGGGAGAUCUAAUUGACAUGUGUGGUACAAAAGAAAAAUUCACCCGCAAUGCUGUAUAUGAAGCCAUUCAAGCAACAAUAGCAUGUAUUCAAACAGAUACAAAGUUGUGGGUAUUGAAACUUGAGGAUUCUAAUGGUAGUCUUUUCUUCAAGAUGUCAUCUAAACUAGAUAUAGCAAAGUACGAAAUUAGCUUAGUUGAGCUAGGAGGAGAAGCGGUAAAAUUAGUAAAUCUAAUAGAUCGAGCAGUUAUAGAAGCACCUAUCAUUGAAAUAGAUUCUGCUCUUAUUGAACCAAUUAUCUGGCAUAUAGAAAAUGUCUGGUGUAAUAGGAAUAACGUUCUUUCAGAAUAUGUUCUUAAUUGGUUUUCAUAUCUUGUACAAUAUCCUGAUAAAAAACCUGGUACUGUUUUAGUAUUGCGCUCCCCUCCACGUUCUGGAAAAAAUAUAUUAACAGAUUUUAUUGGAAAAGAAGUGUUGGGACAAGAAUUAUUCUUUGCAUCAUCAGAUCUUGGAAAAGUAUUAGGAAGAUUUAAUAGUUGUAUACAGGCGCGAAAACUUAUCCUUUUAAACGAAACUGGAAUGGCUUCUGGAGAAUGGCAUAAGGCUAAUGAUCACUUAAAAUCACUAAUCACUGAACCAUACGUGACAAUAGAGUGUAAAGGGCUUGAGCCUAAGACAAUUAAAGACUUUGCUGGAUAUAUAGUUUUAAGUAACCAUGAUGCACCACUUCGCAUUGAAAUGGGUGAUGGCCAUAUUGUAUGUUUAGAUGUAUCACCUCGAUGUAAAGGAAACAUGGAAUAUUUUAAGCGCUUAGGAAAAAUCUUAGAUAAUCCAAAUACACCUGGUGUUUUUAUGAAUUAUUUAUUAAAGCGAGACCUCUCGGAUUGGAUACCACAAAACAUUCCUAAUACGAAAAUGAGAGCGGAUACAAUGCGAGAUCAACUCCCUAAUCCUAUUCGGUUCAUAAUCAAUUAUAUAUCCUUAUGGUCAGUGGAAAGGAUUGAUAAACUGAACUGCACAGAAUUAUAUCAAGAAUAUCUUGGAUGGUGUGGAAGUAAUGGAGAAAAACCAUUUAGUAGUGCUAUUCUUGGAAAGAAGUUUUCACAAAUCGGUAUUGAUCGGGCACGUUCACGAGAUAAUGGAGUAAGAGUAUAUCAGUAUAUUCUUGACCAUUCCAAGAUCAUAGCCAAGCUCCAUGAAUCUGGCCUAGGUAAUAUCGAAGAAUUUUCUGAUAUACCUCAAGAUGAGUUGCCAGCCAAUGAGACCACAGACAUACCCAUAUUCAAUAUGCCAGAAAAACUUCCCUCAAAAUUUGCCUCACCACAGCUGGAAAAAAAUACACCACCACCACUACUUAGUAGUAAGGGCAAGAAGGCUGACAACUGGGACAAUUCGACCAAAGACCUUUUCGAUUAUGUGGUAGAACAGGCGGAACCCCCAGUUGUUUCAACAUCUGGAACCUCUGAAGAAUCUAAGUCUCUAGAGACAAUCAUCUCUAGCGAUAAAGAAGUUCCCUCUGAAUCGGUAACCGAUGAGCUUGAACCCAAACCCGAUCCUGAGCCUAGACCCAACUCAUUUCCAUCAGAUCCGGUUAUGAAGGGACCUCAAUGGAUCAAAGAAGGGGAAAAAAGUGCCAGAGCUCAGCGAGAGGAGCGCCUCAGAAAAAGGGCGAUUGAACUAGGUGAGAAUCCAGAUGACUUUAUGACUAUCACAAAAAAAGAUAAGCUUGAUUCUAUUACAUUCCGUGAUAGAAUGGAGGCCGAUGCACGAAUGUGUGGUUAUGCAAAAGAGGUAGAAGAAGACCCCAAUGAAUAUAUGGACAUGAAAAUACGAGAAAGAUUGAUGGGAGAAGAAAUAAUCCGUCGUGAUCUUGAAGAUGAUGGAGUUACAACUUCAUGGCUUGAUACUGAUGAGGAAUAG